GCUCCGUCUACUACAAACGCGGCGGUGCAGGUGCUCUGUCUCUUCGGGAGAGGAUGCGGAUGGAAGGACGGGGGAGGGAAGGGAUGAAGGGAAACGCCACGAGGAAAGAAAAUAGGAUAUGAAAAGGGGCUUUUGUUAAGAGACCGUGAGGUGCAAGGUCGAAUAUGAGAGAUUGGUUGAACGGGGCACUUUGCGUGGUAAUAGCUGGUCGGCAAUAGUACUAUGAUUUGGUAUGUGGCCACUCUGAUAGCAAGUGUAUUCAGCACCAGAGGAACGGCCGCUCAAGGUGCCCACGGAGUGAGAGAGGAGCCCCGGUUUGUGACGGCGCGCGCCGGAGAGAGCGUGAUCCUGGGGUGUGACGUGUCCCCUCCCCUGGACGGCCAGCAGCCCCCCUAUGUGGUGGAGUGGUUCAAGUUUGGAGUGCCUAUCCCCUUCUUCAUCAACUUCCGCUUCUACCCUCCUCAUGUGGAUCCAGAGUACACUGGUAGAGCCUCUCUGCACGGGAAGGCCUCCCUACAGAUUGAUCCAGUGCGCUCCGAGGACCAGGGCUGGUACGAGUGCAGGGUCCUGAUGCUGGAGCAACAGUACGACACCUUCCACAACGGCAGCUGGGUGCACCUCACAGUCAACGCCCCCCCUACAUUUACAGCGACGCCGCCGCAGUAUGUGGAGGCGAAGGAAGGGGGAAGCACUCUGCUUAGCUGCUCUGCCCAGGGAAAUCCAAAACCAAUGAUCAGCUGGCUGAGGGAGGGGGAGGAGCUCGCUACCAAUGCAAAAUAUUCGGUACAUGAUGGCAGUCUAACCAUCCUUGGCAUCACUAGAGACGACAGAGGGGCGUACACAUGCCGAGCCUACAGUGACCAGGGAGAGGUGCUCCACACUACCCGUCUGCUGGUACAAGGGCCUCCAUACAUCGUCUCUCCACCAGAAAACGUCACUGUAAACAUAUCCCAGAAUGCACUCUUCACCUGCCAAGCGGAGGCGUAUCCUGGCAACCUGACCUACACCUGGUUCUGGGAAGAGGACAACGUCUACUUCAAGAAUGAUCUGAAGCUCCGAGUGCGCAUUCUCAUCGACGGCACCCUUAUCAUCUUCCGGGUCAAGCCGGAGGAUGCUGGGAAAUACACCUGCAGUCCGAGCAACAGCCUCGGUAUCUCGCCCUCGGCAUCAGCCUACCUGACUGUUCAGUACCCUGCCCGAGUGAUCAACAUGCCCCCGGUCAUCUACGUCCCACGGAAACUGCCAGGCAUCAUCCGCUGCCCGGUGGACGCCAACCCUCCUGUGACAUCAGUGAAGUGGGAGAAAGACGGCUAUCCUCUCAGAGUGGAGAAGUACCCCGGUUGGAGCUUGAUGCCAGAUGGAAGUAUCCGGGUGGCGGAGGCUACAGAAGACUCCCUGGGCACCUACACCUGUGUGCCUUACAACGCCCUGGGUACCAUGGGCAUGUCCCCCCCUGCCACUUUGGUGCUAAAGGAUCCCCCUUACUUUAAUGUGAGGCCUGGGGGGGAGUACCGUCAGGAGGCUGGGAGAGAGCUAGUUAUCCCUUGUGCUGCUUCUGGAGACCCUGAUAUACCAACCAUCACCUGGAGAAAGGUGGGGAAGCCAAGCAAGAGUAAGCACAACAUCCUACCCAGUGGCAGCUUACAGUUUCUGUCCCUCAGCAAGGAGGACCACGGAGAAUGGGAGUGUGUAGCCACCAAUGUGGUCACAAGCAUCACUGCCAGCACGCGUAUCCUAGUCAUCGGCACCAGCCCACACGCUCCUGGCAAUAUCCAUGUAUUGCCCUCAACAACCUCUGCUAAUGUGUCCUGGGAACCAGGAUAUGAUGGCGGCUUCGAACAGACGUUCUCUGUGUGGUACGGUCCAGUGUCAAAGAGAACAGACUUCGGUCCUCACGACUGGCAUUCGAUGCCAGUUUCUGGUGCUCAGACGUGGUUGGUGGUGCCAGGGCUGGAGCCUGGGACAGAGUACCAGUUCAGUGUGUUGGCGCAAAACAAACUGGGCACGGGCCCAUUCAGUGAAGUUGUGACAGUCAACACUGCAGGCUCUCCUCUGGGUACCCCAGAACCACUGGUGCUUCUUACUCCACCACGGUGCCUCACAGCCAAUCGCACGCAGCACGGUGUCCUCCUCACAUGGCUCCCUCCAGCCAACCACUCCUCGCCCAUCGACCGAUAUAUCAUGGAGUUCCGCCUCGGGGAGAGGUGGGAGGUUCUGGAUGACCUGAUCCCAUCCACUGAGACUGAGCUCAUAGCUAGAGACCUCGUUCAGGAGUCCUGGUAUGAGUUUCGAGUGAUGGCUGUUAUGGAUGACCUGAUCAGUGAGAGCAGCAAUGUAGUGGGAGUGUCCAGCACAGAUCCCUUCCCCCCUGCGGAGUUGCCUGAUGAGGGGCUGGCGCGGCCGGUGGUGGCGGGUGUUGUGGCAACUAUCUGUUUUCUGGCAGCGGCAGUACUGUUCAGCACUCUAGCAGCAUGCUUUGUCAAUAAGCAACACCGUCGCAAACUCAAGCGUAAACCAGAUCCUCCCUUGUCGGUGACACACUUCAGGAAAAGCAUUGAGUCACCGCUAUCAUCGGGGAAGAUAAGUCCAGAGAGCUCUCCUCCAUCUCGUCCCCGCUCUCUGUCUUCGGAGGGUUCCCAAGGUCCGGGCCUGUACGUCAGGAAGCUGCCCAGCCCUCAAAGAGAACGAGAGAAAGAGCUCUCCUUCUACAAGAAAACCAAGCGUGCCAUAGCCAGCAAGAAAUACAGCGUGUCCAAGCAUGAGGCAGAGGUCACCACGCCUAUUGAGCUGAUAAGCCGCGGCCCUGAUGGCCGCUUCGUCAUGGAGAGCCCACCGCCCCGCCGCAUCCACGGCUUCCCCUUCGCAGAGGAGUCUGACAUGUACCCCGAGUUCCGGCAGUCCGAUGAGGAGAAUGAUUUUGACCCUGGGCCUCUGCCGCCCAUCAUGCCCACGCUGCGGCCCCAGCUCUCCCCAACGUCCUCCAGCCUGGAGUCAACGCAGCCCCCCACCUACAGCCCCCGCCUACACAGGGCCAUGGAAGGUAUGAGCUUUGCAGAGGGCAGUGCACUUCACGCCUCAGGGCAGGCCCCGGCCUCCCGCUACAGGGGCUUUCCCCAGGGCCCAUUCUAUGGGUAUCUAGGCAGCCGUGUUGAAUCAGGGAUUCCACCACCAUUCUACAUGCCUGACAUCAGCCCGCGUAGCUCCGCUCUGUCCUCCCCCCCAGGCACCGCCGAGGGGCCCUUUGGUUACCCGUCCAUCCCUGAGGAGAGUGGAGAGAUGGAGCACCAUCAGUACACUGCCUCUGGCCAUUCUCUGUCUCACACACACAGCCCUCCUCCUCACUCUCCUGAAAGCUGGCAGCCUCAUGAGUUACCCUUCAUGGGUCUAGAGGGUCCACGGUUCAUAUACCCACCUCACCAUCCCUUACAUCAUCCACAGGACCUCCCUGACCCACCCCCAUACCCUCCUCACUCUCUCCCCCCCAGUCGCCUGCACCUCCCUCCACUAAAGGAUCCAACAAGCCCUGGACUCCUGCAGCUGGAGGUCCCUGUGGCUCCCCCAGGCAGAGACAGGCCCCUGGGGCCUCCGGUUAGGCGUUUAGCUAUGCAACAGGCCCAGAGUCUCGGCCAGCUCAGACACACGGCCCACGGUGUGGGUGUACCAGUGUUGCCUUACCCUGACCCGGCAGCCCGUGCAGGGAGCCCAAGCACAGCCCCCAGUAGUAGCCCUCAGUCCUGGCUCAGCCCGAGGGCAGGGCGCCGGGCAGACCCCAGCCUACCCCCGCUAGUACUCCAGCCCUCCCGCCUCUCUCCACUCUCCCAAAGCCCCCUUAGCACCCAGCCGGGUUCCCCGGAUAUUCUAGUGCGGCCCCCUCCGCGCCCCAGCAUCCUCCGCACCUCUCGGUCUCUGGAGAUGCCUGAGAUCACCCUGCAGCCCUCGGCCACUGUCAGUUUCUCCCGGAGGUCCUCCCUGACCGCCUCUCCCACUCAGAGCCAGGGCGCCAGGCAACCCAGCCCCAGUUACCACGCCCACAUGUCCUAUGCCUCCACUGCAGCCAGUUAUCCCUCCCAGUCCCCCUCUCCCCCUCUGGAGGGCAGGGAUGUUUUCGGGCAGAGGCCAUCCCAGAGAAGGACAGAGGAGGAGAUGCUACCCUCAGAGCCCUCUCAGCUCCAGAUAUCAGCCUCAGGGGAACCUCUAGGUGCGUCUAGUGAUCCUGCCGGGUCUGAGAGCUUACCAGCACUGCUACACCACUGUAUUACUAAAGCCAAGGGAGUGGCUGCCAACAACAAUAACAACACAACCUCCGGAAGUAGAACAGGUGUGUGUCCCUCUCAGACCCAGCAGCAAUCUCAGACACCCCAAGAGGGAGAGGAUCUCCGCAGAAAGAGGAAAAGGCAAAACAAGAAGAACCCCUAUCUCUAUUUGACCUCCUUCCUGCACCGCAGGAGGUCUGAGGAGGACCAGAAAGGCAUACUGGCCAGUGCAGACUCCGAGGGCCCAAAUUAUGGGACUCUCCGCUGACCCGUGUGCCCACCAAGCCAUUGGACUCGACUUAACUGACCUCCCCUGAAAAAGUAACCCCACCUCAGCCCUCCCUGCUCCGCCUCUGUCUCUAGCUAAUACAUUUCUUAUAAUCUCUAAAAGUUAAUCGGCGUUUUGGGGAGCGGGAAACAUCCAGCUGACUACUCCGGGAGGUUGGGAAUCUCAUUUGAAGACAAGAACAAUGGCUUUUCUGAGUUGUCACCACCACUUGUCUCUGAGGAAUUUCACUUGAAAAUGCUCUGAAAAUAUAUAAUGUAUAUAAAUAGUAAAAACAAGGGAAUUAAGCUUCCUCCUACAGUAAUAAAAAUGUGUUGGUUGAGUAUGUCACAACACGUUAAAGAUUUUUCACUCACUGGUCAUUGAGGGGUCCAUCUCUUUAGGUUUUUCAGUGAUACAGUGUACUGUGAAGCCUGGUGCGUCCUCGGACACGGACAUGAGUCUACCUUUCCUACAAUACAAAUAGUGUCAGUAUUUAAACACAGGGUUCUUACCACAAAAUAUACCUCAGAGUAAACGCAGAGUUGCUGUAAUUCUUGUGGUAUACUGUACGUACUUGACCUUUUUACAUAUGAAACGUAUGGAUAAAAAGGUUUAUAUCACACUCCGCACUCAUUCAGACAGAUAAUAUGGCCUAACUUUAUCUAAUUUAGAAGCUUUUUACUAUCAGUAACGGCUGGCAUCUUGUGUUUCUUUCCAUGUAUGAUCCAAUGCCAACUCCAGUGCUUGAUGGCUCAGUGUGUUUACACUUAUCAUUACAGCACCGCAUUAAGAUCAUAGCCUUCAUGAGAGCUCUCAAGAUAAUUUGGGACUUACACGCUCGACAGAGGUUGGACUCGUAGGGUUAGAAGAACGGGGUGAUGAAUUGUGAAGUGUACUGUAGUAUGUAUUUCAUUAUUGAGGAAUCAUUUGUGAAACGUGGCACGUCUCGAGGUGCCUUUUUUUGCCUUUUCUCUCUUGUUUUUUCUAACAUAAACUGCCUUUUCCUUCGCCUUCUCAUAUGUUUCUCUUCUGGGGGGCGGGAGUGAGGGACUCCAAUAUUCUGUGUUUUUACUUUCUCUGCCAAGGACACAUGAGAGAAAAUGCUACCGAAAAUGCAUAACUCUUGUUUUUUUGUGUUUGUUUUUUGUUUGUUUUUUUUAACAUUUAUAUUUUAAAUGGGUACCUGCUUCAACUGUGUAUAUCUAAGUAAUAGGACAGAACCAGAAUACCCAUACAAAUAAAAAAAAAAGCUUAAAUUCAAAAAAUGGCAAAUAAAUCCAGUAGCUUCAGUGGAAAAAUACAGAGGCACUGCGCAUGAGUUUUCAUGCAAGAAAGAACAAACCAGUCGAGUAAGGAUGUUAAUGUUUAACAGCAGCUGUUAGAGGAGAAUGUGAUUGCUUCAUAAAGCUGUUAACAAGCAAUGGGAAAUCUUCAAACAAUGGCCACCCUGACUGUUUAUCUUUAACAACUGUAUAUUACUUGCUAGCUACUUCUCUGUAUGUUUGUUCAUUUCUUUCGACACUAACCGAUAAUGAAUGUAUGUUUUGCUGUACAGGAAAUGAAUGUCCCGAUGUCACAGUACAUUGAAUGACCCAUUACGUUGUUUAUAGUGCGGCUGCGAUUGGUGAGCUGACCAGCUGGCACACGAAGUCCAAAAUUGUUUAACUUCUCUGUGUGUUAUUCCUGUAUGCGGUAAUAACUAACGGGCCCCCACACAGGUUCUGAGCCAAGCUUUCUUUACUUCCAACGGCUACGAAACAACUGAGUUCCUUUUCCUGCUAACGCUAGGCCAAUAGAGUGCUGCAGGAAUGAGUCUUAAUACCCGAAAAUGACUUAGCAUUUUAGCACUCCUGUUUCCCUUGUCUCAAAGUCAGUGGGUUAGAUGCCUGAAAUAAGGUCUGUGGUACACUCAAGCGUAAGAGACUUUCAGGUUUUGUUCUACGGCAUAAAAUUUGUCAGUAAAUACCCCACUUGAAAAUUUUAAAGACUUUAAGUGUAUUAAAAAUGACAGUUGCUAACAAGUAGCUGAGUAAGACUAGGCUAAGUCUUAGCCUAACGUUAGCCUUAUGCUACUGGUGAUUGCAUUCUCAAAAAUCGUAAAAGUGGUGUUAGUUUGUAAAGAUUAUCUUGCCGAACAAAACAUAUAAGUCUCAUAAACUUUUUGUUCGCCUCAGCUCUUAUUUUUUGCAGUCAUCCAAAAUCCAAUGGAAAAAUCCCAUAGGCCAAGGCGACCCUGACACCCGUGUUGGCGCAUCCCUGCAGCACUCUAUCACUCAAAGUCACAUCAGAUAUGUUUCCAUCUGCUGCGAACAAAUCAGAGGUCUAAUAUCCACAUGAAUGAAUCGACUCAAUGUCUGCAUACUGAAAUCUCUUUUGACAAGUGAGAGAGUGAUGAUUGCCUGAAAGUGAGCGUCGACGCGCAUAUUCUACUUUAACAAAUUGGUUUCCUGUAAGAUACGAGUGAGAAAAAAAAAUCUAUAUUUGUUAUGUACUGUACAUGGUAUGUAUUGUAUUUGUAAAGAUGAAUCAAACCAUGUUUUACAGGAAGACGUUCUUGUAUGAGGAUGUAUGAAAAGACGGGGAAGGGAUCCCAAGGAAAAAGAAAUUAGAUUAUAUAUAAAAGUAUUUGCUUACAGUACGGCUUUAAGUGGAUAAUGUUUCUAAAACAUUUUAAGGUGCCUCAUUUGUCAUACUUUAGCAGACAUUAUUUUAUCUGAGAAGAAAAGAAACCUUAAUGUUAGUACCGUACAAUGUAUUAUUGCCAUAGCCCGCUGGCUGCACAAGUUAAAGUAGUAUUUUCUCUGAUGUAUAGUACGUGAAUGCCCAUUGGACAAAGCUUUAGAAGCAGAAGUGUGUCGCCCUCUAUAAUAAUAUCCCUGGAACCAAGUAAUACUGUAUUUUGCCCGUUCAUGAGCACACAUGUAGAUUCACUCCAGAUCGUUUUCGCCUUCAGGUGUCCAAAGCAAAUAAACUGAAGGAAACUUUUUUCUAAGAGUCACAGACAUGCUAUAGUCAUGUACAAUACGUGCUGUGGAGGAAAUUGUGUUUACAUUAGUUUGAUAAAGAAAAAGUGUGUUAGGGCAUAGUUGCUUUGAACAUUACGACUUGGUGCUAUGUUUAACUUUGUGGUGCUGUAGAAUAGAGGUCUAAAGAUUUUUUUUUCUUUUUUUUGUUCUGUUUCCACAAGCAACUCUUUCGGCCCUGUGUGUUUGAGCAACUAAACUAGCUCCGGUAGACACUAUAGGUCCUUAUCAUAACAGUAUCAUGGUGUGAUGACAGUGAUAGACAAUACUGGAAAAAUAAGUAGUAUAACCUCAAAUAAUAGAGACUUGUGACAUUCAGAUGAACUCAAGAUGACCUGUUUUCUAUAGUGUGUUUGCAAUGUCUGUCUGUGCUUCCAAGGUACCCUCUCUAAAGUAUAUUUGUGAUGAUAUUGAGAAUAUUAACCCAGCCUAAAAAGGAGAAACAUAACCUGAUUUAGAUUAGUACACGACCACGGGACGCGUGGGAGGGAAUCUGAGAGCAUCGUCAGGUCAUGAGGGGAUCUUUUCUACACACUUCCUGUUAGGUCUACCAUCUUUGGUUAACAGCACUGUUUUCAAGCACACUACUGCAGGGGCGUAACCGUCUCACGUCAUCUCACCACCCUUUUUGACGGUAGAAUUCCUACUAGUACUGUACAGUAUAGCCAUGAGUCACACCACAUUUGUAUUUAUUGCCGAUUCUCCUGGUAGAAAGGAAAGCUCAUACAUCCUCUCCGUGGGUUUUAAAAACGAAUGGAUGUCGUCUUCCGGGCUCUUUUUUGCAUAUUCAACAGAAACAUGUACAGUGUUUAAGAGGGCUGCUUUGGACGUACUGUUAGCUCUUUUUUUUUUUGUUUGUUUGUUUUGUUUCUGUUUGUUUUUUUCUGCUUACAGCUUUUAGUGCAUCACUAGGUGCUGGUAGGAUGAUACUUAGAACCAAUUUGAUUUUUUAUUGUAUUAAUCUUGCAUGUAGAGACAAUACAGAAAAAGAGAAAAAAAAACAAAAACGCCUAUUUAGCAAUCAUUCAUGGACAUCCGAGCUGGUUGUUAUUGGACGGAAAAUAGAAAUAUGUAGUAUUUUCUAUAUUCUCUGUUUUUUCAUGUGUACCAGCACUGAGAAACUAGAAUGUAUUAUUAUCGUAGGCUACAAUAAGCACUACAUCGUUGACUGUUUUAGCUAAUGCUCAUACUCAAGCAAACCAAGUAGUGCUUAAAAAGGAAGAAAAUUUACUACAUUUCAUUUCAUUUCCAUCCACUGAACUCUGUGCUGUACAUCACAUGUUUACAUUCUGUAUCAUAUGUUGUUUAUUGGUUUUAUUUUGUACAUAAUUUGUCUCCAUUCUUUAAGUCAACAAUGUUCAUAUGUAAAUAUCUCAAAGCAAAAACAUGUUUUUUUUUACUUUUCUCUUUUUUAAAACAAUAACCUGAUGUUUCUCUUUUUUUUUUGUUGUCGGAUUUUAAACUCGUCAUUCUGUUAUGUCACUACAUCAGGUAUUACGCUUCACUUAACUUUUUGUGAGCAAUUAACUCAUACUGUAUGGUGCUGUACCAAAGCCUUAUGUAUAAUAUUUGUAUUACUUUUCUCUCGUUUGCCACUGCUGUCCAGUGAAUUCUGUAUCGUCUGAGAUCAUGUCUUACUCACUCUUCAUGUUCAACUGCCAUGGAUCUCGUUUCUUUAUUGAGUAAACGGAAACCUGAACGAACUAUGAUGUAAAAAAACACUCCGGCCUGUCACCAACUGGCCCGGAGGUGUAGUGACAGUCACCAUCAAAAGCCUUUAUAGGGAAAAAUGCACAGGCUCACUCCUGGUGGCUCACCAUGACGUAGACAUGGGCCUGGCACAUGAUCUAUGCUCUAUAUAUGGCAUGUCUAUGAGAAUAUGAAAGCAGUGUUGUAUUCAUGUCACCAUAUCAUUUCAAAUGCUUAGUCCCAUACGAAAUUUUCCUCUCAAAUUUUUGUAUUUUG